AUGUACACACUGCGCCGGUUAGUGAUGAUGGCGUUCGCCCUGCUGGUGACCAUCCUGCAGUGCUUCCCGUGCGGCGCCUCGCCGGUGAUGCUCGACAAGCUGUUCGGCUUUGCCGCCUACCAGCCGACCUACUCCGGCGGUGGCUACGGUAGCAACCAGUACGGCUAUUACGGCGGUGGAAGCAGCAGUGGCGGCGGCUACGGAGGCCACCAACGCGCGCCAACCUCCUCGCACAAGCGGCAGGCCAAGGGGCGCGACUACAAGGACAUCUGCAGGGUGGUGAAUCCAGCACCGUAUGCGCUACCGGGCCGCGCGCCCUAUCCAGCAGCACCGUUCUGCCCGUACUAA